AUGCAUGGCCACAGAGCCCCGGGGAGCGCCGGGCCUUCAGAUCCCGAACACCCGACCACGAACCCCCCUGGCGCCGCUCCACCGGCCUGUGCAGACUCGGACCCUGGAGCCUCCGAAGAGGGACUGCUGGUGCGCAGGGGCUCGGGCUUGGUUCUCAGCGGCCCCCCGGAGCCCCAGUUUGCCGGACCCUCGGAUGCCAGCCUGGGUGCUGCUGCAGGCCCCCGGGUUUUGCCCUGCGGCCCCAGUCCACAGCACCACCGGGCCUUGCGCUUCUCCUACCACCUGGAGGGCUCGCAGCCUCGGCCUGGGCUGCACCAGGGAAAUCGGAUCCUGGUUAAAAGUUUGUCCCUUGACCCUGGCCAGAGCCUUGAGCCUCAUCCAGAAGGUCCCCAGCGGCUUCGCUCAGACCCAGGCUCCCCCACUGAAACCCCCAGCCAGCGUCCUUCGCCACUGAAGCGGGCACCAGGCCCAAAGCCACAGGUCCCACCAAAGCCCAGCUAUCUGCAGAUGCCCCGGAUGCCUCCCCCAUCUGAGCCUAUCCCUCCUCCACCAUCACGUCCACUGCCUGCUGACCCCCGACUGGCUAAGGGUCUGGCUCCCAGGGUGGAGGCCAGCCCCAGCUCUGCAGCAGUAUCCUCACUGAUUGAGAAGUUUGAAAGAGAGCCUGUGAUUGUCGCCUCGGAUAGGCCAGUCCCUGGCCCCUGUCCAGGUCCCCCAGAGCCAGCCAUGUUGCCACAGCCACCAGUAUCCCAGCUCCCAGAGGCCGAGGCCUCCCGCUGCCUGUUCCUGCUGGCUCCUGGGCCCCGGGAUGGUGAGAAGGUGCCUAACCGGGACAGCGGUAUUGACAGCAUCAGCUCGCCAUCCAACAGUGAAGAGACCUGCUUCGUCAGUGAUGAUGGGCCCCCCAGCCACAGCCUCUGUCUCGGGCCCCCUGCCCUGCCCAGUGUACCUGUGGCUUUGGCCGGCCCCCACCGGCCCGGCUCCCAGGAAGUUGACAGUGACCUGGAGGAGGAAGACGAUGAGGAGGAGGAUGAGAAGGACAGAGAAAUCCCAGUUCCCCCGAUGGAGAGACAGGAGUCUGUGGAGUUGACUGUGCAGCAGAAGGUGUUCCACAUUGCCAAUGAGCUCCUGCAAACUGAGAAGGCCUAUGUUUCCAGACUACAUCUCCUAGAUCAGGUAUUCUGUGCCCGGCUGCUGGAAGAAGCUCGGAACCGCAGUUCCUUCCCAGCUGAUGUUGUCCAUGGCAUCUUCUCUAACAUCUGUUCCAUCUAUUGCUUCCACCAGCAGUUCCUACUGCCUGAACUAGAGAAGCGUAUGGAGGAAUGGGACCGCUACCCUCGCAUUGGGGACAUCCUGCAGAAGCUGGCACCCUUCCUCAAGAUGUAUGGCGAGUAUGUGAAGAACUUUGAUCGGGCUGUUGAGCUGGUCAACACCUGGACAGAGCGCUCUACCCAGUUUAAAGUCAUCAUCCAUGAGGUGCAAAAGGAGGAAGCCUGUGGCAACCUGACAUUGCAGCACCACAUGCUGGAGCCUGUGCAGCGCAUCCCCCGCUAUGAGCUGCUUCUCAAGGACUAUCUGUUAAAGCUGCCACAUGGCUCCCCGGACAGCAAGGAUGCCCAAAAGUCUCUGGAGCUGAUAGCCACAGCAGCAGAGCACUCUAAUGCUGCCAUCCGCAAAAUGGAGCGAAUGCACAAGCUCUUGAAAGUAUAUGAGCUGCUAGGAGGUGAGGAGGACAUUGUCAGCCCCACCAAAGAGCUCAUAAAAGAAGGCCACAUCCUUAAGCUGUCAGCAAAGAAUGGGACCACUCAAGACCGAUACCUCAUACUAUUCAACGACCGCCUCCUUUACUGUGUGCCCAGGCUGCGGCUCCUUGGCCAGAAGUUUAGUGUGCGGGCACGCAUUGAUGUAGAUGGCAUGGAGCUAAAGGAGAGUUCCAACCUCAAUCUGCCUCGGACCUUCCUGGUGUCAGGAAAGCAGCGCUCCCUGGAGCUCCAGGCCAGGACUGAGGAGGAGAAGAAAGACUGGGUCCAGGCCAUCAACUCCACCCUCCUAAAGCAUGAACAGACGCUGGAGACCUUCAAACUGUUGAACUCAACAAACAGAGAAGAUGAAGACACGCCCCCCAACUCUCCAAAUGUGGAUCUUGGGAAGCGGGCACCUACACCCAUCCGGGAAAAGGAAGUCACCAUGUGCAUGCGCUGCCAGGAGCCCUUCAAUUCCAUCACCAAACGCAGGCACCACUGCAAGGCCUGUGGGCAUGUGGUUUGUGGAAAGUGUUCUGAGUUCCGGGCCCGCCUCAUCUAUGACAACAACCGAUCCAACCGUGUGUGCACUGACUGCUACGUGGCCUUGCAUGGGGUGCCUGGGAGCAGUCCAGCCUACAGCCAGCAAACACCCCAGCGCCGGAGAUCCAUCCUGGAGAAACAGGCCUCUGUAGCUGCAGAGAACAGCAUCAUCUGCAGCUUCCUACACUACAUGGAGAAGGGUGGGAAAGGAUGGCACAAGGCAUGGUUCGUGGUCCCUGAGAAUGAACCCUUGGUGCUGUACAUCUACGGAGCCCCUCAGGAUGUGAAAGCCCAGCGCAGCCUGCCCCUCAUUGGCUUCGAGGUGGGGCCUCCUGAGGCAGGGGAGAGACCUGACAGAAGGCAUGUCUUCAAGAUCACCCAGAGCCACCUAAGCUGGUACUUCAGCCCUGAGACAGAAGAGCUCCAGCGGCGCUGGAUGGCUGUGCUUGGCCGGGCAGGCCGUGGGGACACGUUCUGCCCAAGGCCCACACUGUCUGAGGACAGGGAGAUGGAAGAGGGCACAGUGGCAGCUUCAGGAGCCACUGCUGAGCCACCUGAGACCCCCCAGACCCAAGAUAAGACCUAGAGGGCUGGGGGGGGGGGCUGGAGCCCCAACCCCACACUCUAGCUGCCCAUGUCCAGUAGAGGGUUCCAGACCCCUCCCUCCCCAGCUCAAUCAAUACUUGAACUCCCAUCACGGGCACUUUCAAUCCUGAAUGCUGGGUCUUGGGUUUUUUAAUUCAUCUUUUCACAAAACGUGGGCUUUUAAAAAAUA